AUGCUUUCUAAAUUUGUGGUAGUCGAAGUAAGCAACUCAAAUAACACAAUGACACUGGUGGAAUACUUGGUAACGCAUGGAUUCGACAAGUUUGCAGUUGUAACAGAUUUAGUUGAUCACCCUUCUUUCAAGUACAAGGAUGGUUCAUCAAGUCCCGAAUCUCCAUCAACAACUGCUUCAACUGCUGCCCAACACACACCACCACGAACAGCAGUUUCAACACCUACAUCCAUCAACACUCCAGUUCCACCACAUCAAAACAAACAGAGGCAUUCAAUUGACAAAAUCGCUGCAAAUUUAUCCACCAAAAAGGUUUCACCAUCAUCUAUUGAGAAGCAGCUCCAAAGAACAUCUCAUAAUCCUCUUCAUCAACUAUCUACCCCACAUGCAUUGAGUCAACUACAGAAAUUGCUGGAGGAGCAGCACAAGAUUAAUCAGAUGAAUAUUCAGAAAAAGGAACAGGAGAGGCAGCAAGCUGAGAUUCAAAGAAUUCUGCUCCAACAGGCAAAUGCUGCUCAGAUUAAUCACUCAUUUGGAUUAGAAAGGCUAACACCAGAAUAUGAUGAUAAUCAUCAUAGUGAAACAAUAUCUAAAGCUAGCUCUGAAGAUUUGAAGACUGAGCCCGAUUCAACUGAUUUUGGGCUUGGAACAAGCGACGAUCAAGUACGUGCUUCAAUGCUUCAUCUGCUUCAUCCAGUAUUUGCUCCAGCUUUUGGGAUGCUUGAUGCCGAGAAUAUCUUUGGAGCUGCAUCAAAACCAACGACGCCUGCAUCAAAACGACGAAACACUGAUUCAAAUGGUGCUCCAUCGAAAAAACAUCGUUGGCUCCCAGUCAAUGAGCUUGAAGAGAGUCGAUCAUCGCGAGGAAAGAACUGCGGAAGAGUUCAUUGCAAGGCCACCUACAAGUGUGCACUCUGUGGAAAGCCAACAACACUCAACUCAACAGGAUCUCGUUGGAAUCUUCUGCGCCACGUCAUCAUGAUCCAUUCGGAUUGUAAGCCAUAUAAGUGUUGGGAUUGUGACUUCACCGGAAUAAAAUCCAACGUUAUCUCCCACGCCAGGCAAUGUCGUCACAACGCCGAAGAUGCCCAUGACAUUACUACCGACGAGAUGCGUGCCGAAUGGAAUCUCCGCCUUCACGAAUGCUUCCCAGAUUAUGUGCGUGCUAAAGAACGUGGAUGGCAACCAGAGGAGGUUACUGUAAAGAAAGAAGAAGUAGAGGAGUCUCCAACUCUUGUCAAACAAGAACUCACUCUUGUUAAACAAGAACCCACUUUUGCCGAGCAACUCGAGCCAAUGGCUCAACCAUUGGUGUAGUUCGAAGCAGCUAUUCAUAGAUGAAUUUUGCAAUUCAAUACUAGCCUUUAAUUACUUUUUUCUAUUGUUAUGAUGAUACAUAUCUUAGCCCUCCCCAAUCAAUAUCUAUGCACAUUGAUCACCUUGCCCACUUUUUAACAAACCAUUCCAAUCUGAAUACACCUUGCCUCUCAUUUGCUUUUUCAUUCCUUCCGAUUAUUGUUCUGUGAUAUUUCCUUCCAGUAUUUCGUUCUGGUUGUGCCUUUUCAUUCACCCGCAGGUCCGGUUAAUUGAAAGUUCACUUUGCCCCCACAAAUUUUGCCUUUAUCUUCUCUGUUACAGUGCCUUAAUUCACUUUUUCCAUUGUACACCUUUUUUAACUUUACUCUUUGCCACACCAUUCAGUUUCUCGACGGGUAUUUAUGUUGAAUGAUAGCAUUCUUUCAUCAGCAUUCGAGAUUUCUUAUGUACAUCUGAUCAUAUUUUCUCAAGCAUAAUCUGAAAUUCUUUCCAUUUUCCCUGUAACGCAUAAUAUGCAAUUUAGCAUAAUGCGUUUUUUUGCAAUUCUCUAGAAGCAUCUAAUAAAAAUUAAAUAAUAC